AUGUUAAUGUGGAAAAACAGAUGUAUUCCAUCAAAAUUAUUGAUAAAAACCUUAGAAACAAAUAUAAAUGAGCUUAAGAAAUUAAGCUCUACCGUUAUUAAUUUAAAUAAAAAAUAUAACCACAUUGAACAAUAUAGCAGACGUGAAAAUAUACGUAUUCACAGUUAUCCUGAAACGAAGGAAGAUGUUUUAGGCAUUGUUAUGGGAUUGGCUAAUGACAUGCAGAUCAAUAUUAAUGAAUACGAUACUUCUGUUUGCCAUCGCACUGGUAAAUCUAAAGAUGGGAAACCGCGUCAGUUAAUUGUGAAGUUCUGUUCAAGAUAUGCUCGUGAUUUAUUUUUAUCUGGAAAUUCACAACUUUAUGAUGAUGUAUUUUUAACAAAAGAUUUAACUACACAAAAUCUGAAACUAUUAAUGGAAUCUAAAAAAUAUUUAGGCCCCAGACAUAUAAUCGUGCAUAAUGGAAAAUUUUACAAACGAACACUCGGUGGUCAAACAAACAUACAUAUAAAGUCAUUGUUACAUUUACAAUCAUUCUCAAAGCCUUUGACCAAUGGUUCAGGAGCUGUCUUAGUGAUAGGAGAAUUAUUACAAUGA